GUAUCUGGUCACUUAUGUAACCUGUGGGCAUAUAUAGAAUACUUGGGCCUUAGGGCUCCCAUCUACUUGCAGAUUUUGCCACCUGAGCACUGGUCUCUUUCAGGAUGAAAGUGGCUGUGGGUCCAGACCCUUCCCUGAUCUAUCGACCUGAUGUGGACCUAGAGUCAGCCAAAAAGGAGGGUAACUUCCGAAAUUUUACUUCAGGCCCUCUCCUGGACCGUGUCUUUGCUACCUACAAGCUGAUGCACACACACCAAACAGUGGACUUCGUCAGCAGAAAGCAUAUCCAGUUUGGGGGCUUCUCUUAUAAGAAAAUGACAGUCAUGGAGGCUAUAGACAUGCUGGAUAACCUGGUGGAUGAGUCGGACCCUGAUGUGGACUUCCCCAACUCCUUCCAUGCCUUCCAGACAGCAGAGGGCAUCCGGAAGGCCCACCCAGACAAGGACUGGUUCCACCUUGUUGGGCUUUUGCACGAUCUGGGGAAGGUCCUGGCUCUAUGGGGGGAGCCACAGUGGGCAGUUGUUGGAGACACUUUUCCUGUGGGCUGUCGUCCCCAGGCCUCUGUGGUGUUCUGUGACUCUACUUUUCAGGAAAAUCCUGAUCUCCAAGACCCUCGAUACAGCACAGAGCUUGGCAUGUACCAGCCUCAAUGUGGACUUGAGAAUGUCCUCAUGUCUUGGGGUCAUGAUGAGUACAUGUACCAAAUGAUGAAGUUUAACAAGUUCUCUUUGCCCUUGGAGGCCUUCUACAUGAUCCGAUUCCACUCCUUCUACCCGUGGCACACUGGUGGUGACUACCAGAAGCUAUGCAACCAGCAAGACUUGGACAUGCUGCCCUGGGUGAAAGAGUUCAACAAGUUUGACCUCUAUACCAAGUGUCCUGACCUGCCGGAUGUAGACAGCUUGAGGCCCUACUACCAGGGGUUGAUAGACAAGUACUGUCCAGGCAUCCUGAGCUGGUAACUGGCUAACAACAACACUGCCCACCCCCCAGGAAAAACUACUAAAGUGGCCCCCAGGCCUGGCAACUGUCAGAUACAUGACAGUCCACUCAGGCCCCACACACCUGCCCACAGUCAUCACCCUUGUGGUCACAUGCAUCAGGUAGCAAUAAAGAUUAAAAGAGCUUA